UCGGGUUUAGAAGUUUUCAUCAACUCAGAGUUCACUCUCUUUGUAUGUUGUAUAUGAAAAUGGUGCGUGGAACUAGGAAAGUUGCGUUGUUAUCUUUGUUUUGCCUUUGUGCUUUAGUGGGGAGCGUGGUUGCGAGGAAUAUAGUGGGUGAAAGUAAGGAGGAUGAGGAGAAAACGUCAAUUGGUUUAGGCAAGGGAGGAGGAUUCGGUGGUGGCUUUGGUGGAGGUGGAGGUGGAGGUGCUGGCGGUGGGGCUGGGGGGGGCUUUGGUGGUGGAGCUGGUGGCGGUGGGGGCUUUGGUGGUGGAGCUGGAGGAGGCGGAGGAUUAGGAGGUGGUGGUGGUGGUGGAGCAGGUGGCGGUGGAGGAUUUGGAGGUGGUGCCGGUGGAGGAAAGGGUGGUGGCGUUGGUGGUGGUGCCGGUGGGGGAUUCGGUAAGGGAGGAGGCAUUGGUGCCGGGGGCGGCAAAGGUGGUGGAUUUGGUGGAGGCACUGGUGGUGGCAUAGGUGGAGGAAUAGGAAAAGGUAGUGGCAUAGGUGGAGGGAUUGGCAAAGGUGGUGGUGCUGGUGGAGGAUUUGGUAAAGGUGGUAGCGCUGGUGGAGGAUUUGGAAAAGGAGGUGGCAUAGGUGGUGGUGCUGGUGGAGGUUUUGGUAAGGGAGGUGGAUUGGGAGGUGGCAUUGGUAAAGGCGGUGGAGGGGGUAUUGGUGGUGGUGGGGGAGGUGGAAAAGGUGGUGGGUUUGGCGGGGGUGUUGGGGCAGGCUCUGGUGGUGGAUUCGGAAAAGGUGGACGAUUUGGAAAAGGAGGUGGCAUAGGUGGUGGUGCUGGUGGAGGUUUUGGUAAGGGAGGUGGAUUGGGAGGUGGCAUUGGUAAAGGCGGUGGAGGGGGUAUUGGUGGUGGUGGUGGAGGUGGAAAAGGUGGUGGAUUUGGUGGGGGUGUUGGGGCAGGCUCUGGUGGUGGAUUCGGAAAAGGUGGAGGAUUUGGCGGAGGGAUUGGAGGGGGUGGAGGUGGUGGAUUCGGUGGUGGGGGUGGUGGAAUUGGACACCACUAAGAGUCACGUUGCAUGCAUGCAAGAGACAAGUAACGUGAACCAUUAAUAUUAUUAUCCCAAAAUAAGUGAUUUUAUUUGAAUUUGAUGUAACAUUUUGUAUUUGUGAUAAUUACUUCUUAUUAUAAUGUAAUAUGUUACUCCUUUGCUGCAAUAUAAAGUUUUUAUAAUAUA